AUGUUUCCUGAAGUUAUUGACAAUAAUAUACAUAAUUUUGACUCUCAAGAAGCUAUUGUCUUAACAUUUAUACCUCCUCCACCCUCUUCUCUUGUUACACAUUCAUCACAUUCUGUGAAUCUUGUGCACAAGCAGUGCAGGAAGAGUAUUUUGCUCUUCUUGACAAACAAAACUUGGAAUCUGGUUACUCCUUCUCAUGAUGCAAUUAUUAUUGGCAGUAAAUGGAUCUUCACCAUUAAGAAAGGUUCUGAUGACACCAUUAAGAAGUACAAGGCAUGCCUUAUAACUAAAGGAUGUCAUCAAAUUGAAGGUGUUGAUUACUCUCAGAUUUUUAGUCCAGUAAUUCGUCCUACUGCCACUCAAAUAAUUUUAUCUAUUGCUCUUUCGAAAGUUUUGUGCUUAAGGGGAAAUCAAAGAAGCCAAAACGCGUCUUUUACUCAUCCAUCUCCUUCCUUGUUCAUUCGAGCAAAUACGCCCAGCCUCAACCAAGGGAAAAACCCUAGCCGCCACCACCGCCGCAAGGAGGAGUUGUCUUUGCCGUCGUCCGUCGCAGUCAGGCGCUUAUCUCCUCGAGUCUUCGUGCGUCGCAAUCAGGGGAGUUUCUUCCAAGUCUUCAAUCUGUUCGCAGUCACAAGUCGCAGGCGCGCCGUUUCUCCCUCGAGCUCGGUGGCCGUCGUCUUGUCGCCGUUGUCUAUCGCCGUCUGUCGCAGUCAGGGAUUUGUCUUCUCGAGUCUUCGUGCAUCACAGUCAGGGGAGUUCUCCAAGUCCUCGAUCUGUUCGCAGUCACCGUCGCAGGCGUGCUGCUUCUUCCUCAUGCUCGGCGGCCGUCAUCUUGUCGCCGUCGUCUGUUGCCAUCAGCUGUCGCCAUCCGUCCUCCUCAGAGAUCGAAGGUUGGUGAUUAUGAUAGGAAAUACAGGGAAGCUUAGGAUUAAAAAUGGGACAUUCUUACGAAGGAGAUCAUUGGGCGUGGUAUUGAGUGAGAAGGCCUUUACUACGUUGAUGAAGUAGCACACCAGGGUUAUGCCAUGCUUGCUCACAGAACGGUUACUAGGCAACCUUGGUUAUGGCACAGGCGUCUCGGACAUCCUUCAUUUGGGUACUUCAAGUUACUAUUUCCUAGUCUUUUUACAAGUAGUACUGAACCCUUCAAAUGUGAAACUUGUAUUCGUGCAAAAAAUCAGAGAGUUUCUUUUCCUCCAACUAACACUAGAGUCAAUUCCAUUUUUUCUCUAAUACACUCAGAUGUGUGGGGUCCAGCUCCUAUUUCCCAUAAUAAUUUUCAAUAUUUUGUGUUAUUUGUGGAUGGUUUCU